AUGACGGCAGGAAACGUCUUCUUUGCCAAACUAAGACGCCUAGAACGCCUUGGUAUUUUCGUGGAACUCAGAAGCGCUGAAAAUGUCGUCGAUGGAUCGCUCGCGUCAUGCCAUCGUCAAACACUCCAGUUUCUCAAAUCGGGCUAUGCUAGUGCUUUCCUGCGACGCCAAGGAUUGAGAGGAAGCCGUAGACGUACGAGAUUCUCCAUAAUCGGACCAGAAGUAAUUGUUGAUGGACCUGGCUCUUCAACUGAAGCGCUACCAGCGUCGAGUCGCGAAGCCAGCUAUCGGUCGAUGGGUUCACUGCCUCGAGUUGAUUUAGAUGCCAGUGAAGACGAUCCCGCAUGCGAUAUAAAGCCUGUGACUUUUCGACGACGAUACUUCCGUGAUGGUCAUAAAAGUGUCUCCGGACGCGACGUUCAUUUAUCUUGUGUGUAUGAUUCCGAGAAUUCCGACAUUGCACUGACGAGUCCUUUCAAA